AUGAUUUCAGAGGACUACCCAUUGGUCGUCACAAGAGAGACAUGGGGAGCCGCCCCUCCAUGUGUAGAAUUGUCGAACAACACGGUCCCUCUAGAACGAGUUAUCUUCAUCCACGCGGCUGGUGGGGGAACCUGCAAUAACUUUUCAUCCUGCAGGAAUAUUAUGUUGGAACUUCAAGACAUCGCUAAAAAAAACUGUGGUCCUGACACUUUAGAAGACAUUGUGUACAACUUUGUGAUCGUAAGUGAUGGACAUAUUUUCGUAGGUCGUGGUUGGGACAAAAUAGGAGCACAUACUUAUGGGAGUAAUACAGGUAGUUUAGGAGUUGCAUUCAUUGGGGACUUCCGAAGAGAUGAACCCAGCGAAAUGAUGCUGAACUCAGCAAAAACAUUACUUGAGUUUGCAGUCGCUAGGUCCAAGUUGAAAAAAGAUUAUCAGUUGUACGGUCAUUGCCAACGUCAAUCAGGGUUUCCUUACAGUCCUGGAAAGAAUGUAAUGAAACACAUCCAGUAUUGGCCGCACUGGAACAAUACGAAAGUGAAGAAUUGUGCUGAGCCAUCUGGUAUAGUAUUUCUUUAG